CAUCGAGAACCCAAGCAAACGUUUGUGGUUGUUAGAAGCUGUUUAGCUCUUUUUUGUUUCCCAAAAAGUGACACCGUGGAAAUUCUCAUCUAAUACACAACUGACGCGCCUGUCCUGUUUGUGAAAAGUCAGGUUCUAACUGGCUUGUGGAGGAUGCCCAAGGAACCCAAUGAAUCAACAAGUGAGGAGGACAAGAAGGUUGCCAGUAAAGGGCCAGAGGAUUCCACAGGCCAGACAGAUGCAUCAGAAGAAAUGUUACGCAAAAGGAUCAGAACAAAUACGUCAAGUCCUCACAAACAGACCCCUCAGUCCAGUCCUACCAAGUUUUUGUCCAUGGAGGAGCUGAUUGAGACUGCUAAUAGUGUGUCUAACAUGGCUUUGGCUCAUGAGAUUGUGGUGAAUGGUGACUUUCAAGUGAAAGCCACUGAGCCUACUGAGGGAAGUUUAGAGAAACAGGUUAAGGAAAUUGUCCACAAAGUGUUCUGGGAUUCUCUGGAGAAGCAGCUGAACGAUGACCCUCCUGUCUAUGACCACGCUAUCAAACUGGUGCAGGAAAUUAAAGAGACCCUGUUAUCGUUCCUGAUGCCUGGCCAGGCCCGUUUGAAAGCACAGAUAGAGGAAGCUCUAGACAUCUCACUCAUCCAGCAACAGGCAGAAAAUGGAGCGCUGGACAUUGGCAAAGUGGCUCAGUUUAUCAUUAACACCAUGGGGGCCUUCUGUGCACCAUGCAGAGAUGAAGACGUGCAUAUGCUGAGAAACAUCACAGAUAUUGUUCCACUUUUUAGGUCGAUUUUCGCAGUGCUGGACAAAAUGAAGAUUGACAUGGCCAACUUUGCUGUCAGUAGUCUCCGACCUCACCUGCUGCAACAGUCUGUGGAAUAUGAAAGGAAGAAGUUUCAGGAAUUUCUAAACAAGCAACCCAAUGCUCUGGAUUGCACCCGAAAAUGGCUCCAGGACACAGCAAACACUGUACUUCGAGAAGCUGAGGGAGCCACAGCAGGCUCCUCUGUUGCCUCCUCACAGCUGCUGCUCAGCCUUCAUAACCAGGCGUAUUUACGACUGCUAAACUGGAACAAUGGCAUGGACUCCUUCCCUGAGACAGUAGUGAUGGACCAGGGCAGGUUUCUGGAAAUGCAGUUGGAGCUGGAGCGGUUGGUCUUGGUGGCCUCAGUUUUGCUGAUUGUGUAUAACGGUGCAGGAGAGGCGAUCUCAGGGCUGCCAGGCCUCAUGGACACGCUGAAGAACACUGUCAGGGUUUUGCUGGCCGACAUGCACGUUCCGUCCUUCCGAGUGGAUGAGGCGUUCACAGCUAUUGCAGAGAAGCUGUGUUUGGAGCUGGGGGAAUGUCUGACUCGGCAUGGAUUCUCGCCCUUUCACACAGACAGACAGGAUGCACUUAAAGGCCAGAUUACAGCUGUCAAGUCACUAGACAACCCCAUCCGCAAGCUCGUUGAUUCUAGGAUCCAGGCCUACCUCCUGAGCUUCUUGGAGUCAGGCCCUCACAAGGGACCACCAGCUGUUCCUGGGGGUCUGGCUCCCAUUAACAAAGAGCUGGAGGAACUUGGAAUCAGACUCAGCCAUCUCGUGAACUUCAACAAGUUAGUCUACUCACCGUUCUACCAGAAACUCCUGCAGGAAGUUCUUCAGCCUGUGGCAGGCUGCGACACUUAAGCUGUUAGGUCUGAACUGACAACUCGACAAAACCUACAUAGGGUUCUAGAAUCAACCAAGUUAAUGGAUUUGCUGAUUAUGUCCCCAAAGCUCACUUGCUGUCAGUGCUAACAAGAGGUUUGUCAUAGGUCAAAACAUUUGGAAUCUCCUCUCAUGACGUUUAAUAUCCGGGAACAGUCGGUUGAGCUUGUCGGUUCUUAAAAGGACUUUUUUUGUUCUGCUUUAAAACAGCAUCAUGCUGUGCCAGUUUCAGUUGAAGGUGCUAGAGGGGCAGUGUCUGUGUAUCAAUAGCUUUAAGAUAUUAUAAUAAAUCCGAUUUUGUCCCUAAACGAGUCCAUUAUCUUUUUAAAUGAACAGAAAAGAUGCUAAAAUGGACCAAUCAGUGUGUUCUCUUAUUCACUACACCUUUUUAAAUAGAAAAUACUGUAACUUUUUCAAUAGGGCAUGAGAAGAAUAUUUAUCCUAUAACAAAUGCAGCUACAUGGUUCUUAAAACAUGGUUUUAGCAGAACAAAAACUGGCUUUUUUCUCGUAUAGUCUUACAUUAGCAUGAGUGACUGAGUGAAGCUUUACAGAAUCUGAUUGGUGCCUUACGUUGUGGACGGCCAGCCUCAGUUAAAUCUGCCCUGCUUUCUUCCUAUUUUAUUGAACUGGUUUAUGAUUUCUGAAAACUAAAACUAGUUUUUUUGUAACAACUUAUUUUCUACAUACAUUUUAUUACCUGAGCAUGUUUUACAAAGAUGUAAUUUUCACGUGUCAUCUGGCCAAACUGUUACAAGCAGUAUUUCGAAAAAUAGAUCUAGUAAAAGAUUCUAUCCAUAACUUUUUGAAAUAAAUAAAAGGUAUCGAACAAGCAGCAGAUUUAAGUUGACACAUCUGCUAAAUGAUGCUAAUUGUUGGUCUUGACAGAGUAAUUAUCAUAUAUAGUAUUUAUACAGAAAGCAAGAUAUUAAAAGCGAUGGCGAGAGCAUUUUACAGAGUUUUAACUUGUAGCAUAAUAUAUUCAAGUCCAAACUGUCUGUUAUUUACAGCAAAUAGUGAGCUUCAUACGUGCAUAGAUGUUGCUUUUCACUGCGUACUGUAAAGUUUUUUUUGUGGUGUGUUUGAAAUUCAGAGCUUCAACCCGACAGCUUUCCUCAAUAAACAGGACUGCAAUUAAA